AUGUCAAAAAGAUUUUUUGAAACUACUGCACACAGUGACUUUUAUGCACAAUGUCGACCGACAUAUUCUACUGAUAUUAUAAAGAAAAUUCUUGAUUAUUUAUCUGUCAAACACACUAUAAAGGAUGAUGAUUUAGCUAUAGAUAUUGGUUGUGGAACAGGUCAGAGUACACUUUUACUUGCUCCAUAUUUUCGACGAAUAAUCGGUUAUGAUAUUAGUGAAUAUCAAAUAAACAAAGCCAAUGAAGAUAAUACGCAUUCAAAUAUUAAUUAUAAAGUUAUUAUCGGCAAUGACAUUCCACAUGAAGAUUCAUCAUUAACUAUAAUUAUAUCAGGUCAAGCAGCUCAUUGGUUUGAUCUUCCUCAUUUUUAUAAUGAAGUUAAACGAACUCUUAAAAUAAAUGGUGUACUUGCUUUGUUUGGUUAUGCAUUUGUGCAAAUAUAUGGUCGACAAUCAGAACGAUUGAAUGAAAUUAUAACGAAUUUUUAUCAAAAUACACUUGAUGGAUAUGUUCAGAAGGAAAGUAAAGAAGUUUAUUUUGGUCGUUAUCGAGAUGAGAAAUUUCAUAUUCCACUUUCAUCAACUGAUUUUAUUCGAGAUGAAAGUGUCAUAAUCCAAUGUAAAUGGUCAAUUCGAAGAUUAUUAGGUUAUAUAACAUCAUGGUCCGGGACUCAACAUUUUCUAAAACAACAUCCAGAAAGUACAAUUUUAGAUAAUCUUCAGUUGGAAAUAUUUAAAUGUCUUGAUAUAUUUGAUGAUGAAUAUGAACUUGAUCUUUCAUUUGAUACAUUUAUUUUAAUGAAUCGAAAAAUUGAAUAA